AUGGACAAGUGCCAGUACAAACCGCCUUACAAUGCAGAAGAAAUUCUGGCUGCCUCUAGCGUUUAUCCAAUGCCGGAUGCUCUAACUGUUUCGGCAGGUGGACGAAUUACUUGUGGAUUUGAUGAUGAACGAGAAUAUUGCAGUUGGCAUAACGCUUUGGAUGCAGAUUUGAGGCGAGUUUUCAUUUGGGACCUUAAACGAGAAUUUCGCAAUACAACCACCACUUCCAGAUUUUCCAAGGCUCAACGAAACACUUUCUUCGACCUCGACAGAUUUGAAUGCACCUAUCCGCGGCCUUUUUAUCCAGUGGGAUAUUUUUUGCUCGUGAAAGGAGAUCCGAGUGGUUAUCCACGAAAAGCUGUGUUAGAGACAACGAUUCCAUGCCAAUACGAUCCAGCGGUUAUUAAAUUCGACAUAUGGUCCAUUAGCGACACACCGGCUCUACGUUAUUGUGUGGGAUGGGCGAACGGUACCGGAAAUUGUGAGAAUGCAAUAACGGGACCGAACCCUCUCAACUUUACCAUCCCACAUUCUGUUGAUCCGAUUACGGUACGGAUAGAAAUUUUGAAUAUAAACAGUCAGGACAUUCUUCUUAUUGAUAAUCUCUACUAUGAAGGAAGAAUCUGUGAACUGAUCGAAGAAAACGAGACCACAGGUGUAACGGAUGAGACGUUGGUCACUAUAUCACCUAUUUCUAUUGAACCUCAAUUGUUGAUCCAUAAAAUAUCCCGAGAUGCAUCUAUAGAUCCUAUUGAUGUACAAACCAUAAUUGAUGUACCGGAGGGACAGGAAGCGGUUACGAAUCAGAGAGAGAAAGGAGACAAUGAGCAAAUAGUUCAUGACCUGGAGAACACAAGGCCUUCGAACCUCAACCAACUACUCCAGUUGAACACGGAAGCGUUCGGGAAAGCCGCAGAUUUUGUCGCAUGCGAAGCUCUCGCUUGUGACUUCAACCAUAACCAUUCCUGUUUCUACAAUCUCAACGGAUUUGGUAGCACAUCACCAUGGCUGAUCGGAACAGCUUUCGUAGGUAAUCGUCACACAGGAAUUCAACGGUUGAAUCAAGAAGAUUCCAAAAGAGUUGGCUUCGCAUACGUCGGCAAAGAUCAUGUGGAUGAAUCGAAUGAAAUUUUCGUUAUGGAAUCGCCUAAAUUUACACUUUCUACGAAUGCAACACUCGUAUUUGACGUGUACCUCAGAUCGCAUUCUCCUCGACUCAAGGCUUGUAUAGAUUCUUUUGAUGAUUGCCCAUACGAGUCCCCAAGAGUGUCAGCUCACGAGUUUUGGCUUCUGGAUAAUUCCGUUGAGUUGCCAAGAGGAGUUAGGAAAGUGUACUUCAUAGCUACAUCUGUACGACAAAAUCAAUACUUGGCUAUUGAUCGUCUACGUGUGCUAUUGAAUGGAGAACCUUGCGAAGAUCGCUGA